GCGAGAGUUGGCGCGGGCGGCGGCGGGAUGGGAGCGCCGAGAUGCCCCGUCACUGCUCUGCCGCCGGCUGCUGCACCCGCGACACCCGCGAGACCCGGAACCGAGGGAUCUCCUUCCACCGUCUCCCCAAAAAGGAUAACCCCCGGCGGGCGCUGUGGUUGGAAAACAGCCGCCGCCGCGAUGCCACCGGUGAGGGUCGCUGGGAUCCGGCUUCCAAAUACAUUUACUUCUGUUCCCAACACUUCGAAAAGAGCUGCUUUGAAAUCGUCGGCUUCAGUGGUUAUCAUCGACUGAAAGAAGGCGCUGUCCCCACCGUCUUCGAGUCCAACACCCCAAAACCUCCCCGAACCCCAAAAGUGAAGCCUUCACCCCCCGAAAGGGACCCCCCAAAACCCCUUCGGACCACCAAGAGGUGGAGAUGUGACCCUUCUCCUUCUUCUUCCUCUUCUUCUUCUUCAUCAUCAUCUUCUCCACCGGAUCCUUCUUUCCCAUCCGACGUCUCGUGUUUCCCUCAAGAAAGCGAAGAAGCCGAUAACCACGGCGGAAUUCCGGCUCUUCCGAGUCCUUCGGUGGCACUUUUAGUGGCCACAGGUGACCAAGAAACCACAGCGACACCGGCGCUUCCGGAUGGAAUUCCGAAGUCUUCUUCUCGACCUCUUUCUCCGUCGCUUUUUAUGCUCCGUCUUCCGCCUCGGAUCGGAUCCUACAUCCAAAACGAACACAGUUAUCAGGUGGGAAGCGCUUUGCUUUGGAAGCGCCGUGCGGAAGCGGCGUUGGACGCCCUCGAUAAAGCUCAACGCCAACUCCAAGCGUGUAAACGACGGGAACAACGCCUCCGGAUCCGUAUCGGAGAGCUCCAACGAGAACGACGGGGACACCUGGAAGCUCGGCGGACGCCGAAGGAAACGUCGGAAAAGGUGGUGGAGCUCCGAACGCUUCAAGAGAGCGGCGAGUGAAUUCCUGGUGGCAUCUCCAAGGCUUCUGGAAGCUCCUUCUUAGCUCUUUCUCUUCGCGUCGCUCUUCGGAUUCCAACUUCCGAUUGUGGCUCGGGUGGAAAUCUGGAAUGAGGGGAUCGAAACGAGAUGGGAUCCAUCAGGAUGGGAUCCACCAGGAUGGAAACGGUUGAGUUUGGAGCCACCGGAAUGGAAGAUAUUGAGUUUGGAGCCAUCAGAAUGGAAACCAUUGAGUU